AUGGGCAGCAUUGCCAGCGCUGGCAUAUCGAUUGACACUUGGCAUAUCGAUAAUCAGCUGAUUUUCUAUAAGAACCUGCUGGAGUUGCUCUGCAGGAUCAGCCCGGCAAGAUUGCCAUGGAGGAGCUGCAUGUCCAUUGCAUCCACUCAACUGGCACAGAAAUCGAGACACUUUGCCACAGAAUCUGCCGGCAAAAGUACGGAGCCCGACCACGCCGGAUUCACCGAGUGGCGGACCGUCUACAGUCUGCCGGCCAUAAGGAUAGUGGCUGCAUUCAGUAAGCUGAAAGUCUACCAGGCGGCCAUCACAGCAGCCGGAACGCCCAUUGUCUUUGCCCUGGGAAGCGCCGGACAGCUAAGCUCGGAUGCACUGGCCAUCUACGGUGCCGUGGGAAUCUCCGGCCUGGUCACCCUCACACUCGCCAGCUACGCGGCCUCCAAUCUCGUGGGCUUCGUCUACGUGAACGAGCAACAGGAUCUGAUCAAGCUGGCCUACGUGGACUUCUGGGGACGGCGACAGGAGGCGCUGCUGGAUACCGAUGAUUUGCUACCCAGUUGCGAACAAGGAGGAAGCCCAUCCCGACUAAAAUUCGUUUCACCCAUCUGCCUGCGUAGCGAUCCUAAGAAGCGGUUCAAAAUUCUCAACCGUUUUGGCCAUGUCAGCGAUCCCCAGUUUUUCGAGGGCCUCUUUGGAGACUGAUUAUAAUUUGUCAG